AUGCUCACGGAAUGUGAGAGACGACUUGGUGAAGGCCUUCUCCGGCUUCCCGCCCGCCACGAGUACCGUUACGGACAUCGAGCCGAACAAGAGCUUCUCCAGCUCCUCUUCCGGUCAUUGGUGGGAUUCGAUGAAAACCGGCUCCAACAAUUAUUCCCGGAUUCUUACCCGGAUGGGCCCUGGAAGCUAGCACAAGCCCAAGGCGCGAAGGAAGGGGCCGAAUAUACUGAAGCUGCGCGGGGAAGACGAUGCGGUCAUAUCUUCCGGGCCGGCGAGGCGACAUACCGAUGCAUCACCUGUGCCGUGGAUGAGACGUGCGUGCUCUGUAGCCGCUGCUUUGACUCAUCCGACCAUACUGGUCAUCAGUACCAGGUUUCGCUUUCCUCGGGCAACUGUGGAUGCUGUGAUUGCGGUGACGAUGAAGCCUGGCGGCAUCCGCUGUUCUGCGCAAUCCAUACCGAUAGCGGCGAGGAUAAGGGCAAAGAGCGUGCUCAGGACCAGGUGCCGCCUGAUUGGGUGGAUAAUAUUAGGAUGACAAUCGGCCGGGCGAUGGAUUAUUUCUGCGACGUUCUCUCGUGCUCGCCGGAACAGCUGAGACUACCAAAGACAGAGGAAGGGAUCAGACAGGACGAGAAGGAUUCCCGACUCACGGGCGAAUGGUACGGUGGCGGUGAUCCGGAGGAGGACGAACCGGAAUGGGCACUUGCCCUCUGGAACGACGAGAAACACACUGUUCGGGAUGUUGCUCAUCAAGUAUCUCGAGCCUGCAGGGAGCGGAACCGCUUCGGUGAUGAAAAGGCCAAUGAAACCAACGACAUUGGACGAAGUGUGAUCAAGAUCUCGAAAGAUUUGCGGCAGUUGCUCCACGUCCUGAGCAUCAUCGAACACAUCAAAGUCACUGUGACGGUGCGGUCAGCCCGCGACACGUUCCGGGAGCAAAUGUGUGGGGCCAUUGUCGAAUGGCUGUCCGAUAUAGCUGGGGCUAGUAUCUUCGAUGACAACCAGAUCUUGCGCCAUAUUGUCUGUGAGGAGAUGCUCAAACCUUGGCGACGGGGCAGCCGUGCCCUCAACGCGGGCAUUGGCAUGAAAGGGAUUGACGAUCAUCAAAUGGAGGAUAAUUCGCCUUUCCGUUCAUUCAUGGCGGCCGCUAUCGUUCGUCAGGGCCGGAUGUUUCUCGCCGAAGAUGAACUCGACGACGAUGACGAUGAUAUCGCCAACGACCGGGAUGACGAGGACGAUAUUGACGCUAACGAGGAAUUGGAUGAUGAGGAUGAAAUGGUGAUCGAUCUUAACAGAUUACGAGAAGAAGUUGAAGACGAGGACUUGGUCAUGGGCGAUGCUGAUUACACGGGAGAUGCCAUCCAGAUUGCUCAGACACUGCUGGAGGAGGUUCGGCGCAAUCGCGCUGCGCAGCCCGGGCAACCGCCGCGAGGUCACCAAGAGCUUCUAGAUCAACCAGCAGUACAGCAAGGUCAGCCAACUGAGGCAAUAGAGCCAGGCCGGGGCGAGAUGCCUGCCCGUGCCAACGAACCAAAUACGGACGACGUUGUCGAAUCUGAUGGCACGUCCACGGUUGCGAUCCCUAAGACUCCCGCGGGGGUGAUCAGGCCUCCACCAGCCAGGCCACCGGGAUACUGGCUCGCUCGACCUGCCGGCUUCUCCUUCACGGAAAAUGUGCCUGUGUAUGAGGACUUCUACAGGCGUACGCGCUUAGACUGGAUGAUCUUAUUCGAUUUAAGACUAUGGAAGAAGACCCGCACUAAUCUUCGCGACCUCUACAUCAGUACCGUCGUCAGUAUACCUCAGUUCAAGAGGAUUCUAGGCUUACGUAUGUCGGCCCUAUACACUGCGCUUGCGCAACUGUACUUGAUCGCAGACAGGGAGCCGGACCAUUCCAUUGUCAAUCUCUCCUUACAGAUUCUCACUACCCCCUCAAUCACUGAAGAGAUUGUGAGGCGCGGGAAUUUCUUGACUAAAGUUAUGUCCAUUCUCUAUACGUUCCUCACGACCAGACAAGUUGGUGAACCGUAUGAGGUGAAUCCAAAUGCAACAUUGGCAUUCGAUGCAGGAACCGUCACCAAUCGUCGUCUUUACCACUUCUUCCUCGAUUUACGAUACCUUCUGCAGUCCGAAUACGUGCAGAAUCAUGUUCGCAACGAAGAGCAAUACCUCUCACAAUUCCUGGACUUCAUCAAAUUGUCACAAGGCAUUUGCCCCAACGUUCGUGCGGUCGGUGAGCACGUCGAAUACGAGACGGACGCCUGGAUCAGUGCUUCGAUCUUGAUGCGGGAAAUCAACCGUCUCUGUCGUCAGUUCUGCGAGGCCUUCCGCAAACCGGAACUUGAUGGCGGGAUGAAUCUGUUCCGAGCACUUCAAAUUGCGACAGUUUCAGCAAUCGUUCACUCUGCUGGACUCGAACGCAAGCGAUUCGACCAGGCAGAGAUCAGGGAUUACGUACGGUUCAAAACCCUGCCGUGCUUUGAUUUCGAGGUCGACCAAGCAGGUCAGAUCCCGCGCUAUCGUGUUGUUGAUUUCGUCGUGGAGAAGGGCUAUAUCAGUUUUCACCAUGCUGUCCACUAUACUCUGUCUUGGCUGCUCGAAUGUGCCCGUAAUAUGAGUGAUACUCAGAUGCGUGAGGCGCUCCUACUCGCCGCCCGUGCGGCAAACGACAAUUUUAUCCACGACGACUCUCUGAGUCCCGACGAUUUGCUACUCGCAAUGUUCGACUUCCCGCUUAGAGUUUGCGCCUGGUUGGCGCAGAUGAAGGCGGGAAUGUGGGUGCGCAAUGGUCUCAGUCUCCGGCAUCAAAUGUCGCAAUAUCGAGGGGUAUCAUCGCGUGAUUUUGCUUAUUACCGUGAUAUCUUCCUGCUCCAGACUGCGCUAGUGACGUGUGAUCCCAGUAGGGUUCUGGCAUCCAUUGCGGAUCGAUUCGGAAUCGUCGAUUGGAUGACCCGAAACUAUACUCCUCGAGCUGGCUUCGAGGACGCCCAGAUCAUUGAUGUAGCGGAGGAGUUUGUCCAUCUUCUGAUUGUGCUGCUGACGGAUCGGAACUCACUCACGACCGCUGACGACAGUCAGACUGUGACUCGCGACAAUAUCAAGCGAGAUAUCGCACAUGUCUUGUGCUUCAAGGCUCUUUCGUACUCAGACCUGUCGACGCGUCUAAGUGACAAGCUGCUCGACUCAGACAUGUUCCAGGAUACUUUGGAUGAGGUCGCUGGAUUCCGUCCACCGGAAGGCUUGAACGACACUGGCACUUUUGAGCUCAAGCCGGAGUAUAUCGAUCUCAUCGAUCCAUACAGCGCCCACUACACCAAGAAUCAACGGGAUGAGGCGGAGAACAUCUACAGAGAAUGGAUGGCCAAAAAGACGGGGAAGAAGCCGUCCGAUAUUGUCUUUGAGCCCAAGCUUCGACCUAUCACCUCGGGGGCCUUCUCUGAUCUGUCUCGAUUCACGGGGACCCUGCUGUUCGCUCAGAUCGUACACCAGUGUCUUGAUUUCGUAAUGACAUCAAAGGAUCGUUCGCCUACUGUUCCGCCCACACGUGUUGAAACCUUCCUACAAGUGGUGCUUCAUCUUGUACUCGCUGCUACACUUGAGGACAAUACCAGAGAAGACGAGAUACAUGAUGAGACAAAGGGAUCGUUCAUCUCUUAUGCACUGUCCAAGGCUAGGCAGACUCAGGCGGGUAACCUAACUAUCAUCGGAUUGUUGGAGAAGAUAUCUGUCAUGGCCGAAUUCUCUGCCUGCGGGCCCAAGAUCCGUCAUAUUCUGAAACGUCUGUGGCAGAGGCGCCCUCAAGCAUAUGCGUCUGCCACAGCUUCUCUCAGAUUCCCAUUCGACAGGGUGGACACGAGCUCUCCUGCUAUUGAUACGGAUAAUGAGAGGGAGCUGAAGAAGAAACAAGCUCUCGAAAGACAGGCAAGGGUCAUGGCUCAAUUCCAACAGCAGCAGCAAAACUUCCUGAAUAGCCAAGGUGACAUCGACUGGGGCGAGGAAGAUUUCAGCGACCUCGAGUCGGAGCCUGAGGCCGCUCCUGAAGCCCGCGUCUGGAAGUACCCUAGUGGCACUUGUAUUCUUUGCCAGGAGGAGACAAACGACUCCAGGCUCUAUGGCACUUUUGCUCUAAUUCAAGACAGUGGAAUUCUUAGGCAGACCGAUGUGCAAGACCCUGACUGGGUUCGAGAAGUGCUUAGAACACCGUCAAGUUUGGACAGGUCUGCCGAGCACAUCCGACCAUUCGGAGUAGCAGGAGAGAAUCGUUUGACCGUUCGGAAGCUGAACUCCGCCGGCGAUGAAGUGAUUAGUGAGAAGAUUGGUUUGAGUAAAGGCUUUGACGCCAAGAACACAGUCCGCGGACCUGUGACCACUGGCUGCGGACACAUCAUGCACUACUCAUGUUUCGAGGUAUAUUUUACAGCUACUCAGCGCCGUCACACCCAGCAGAUCGCACGCAAUCAUCCAGAGCGGUUGUUCCUAAAGGAGUUCGUUUGUCCUCUGUGCAAAGCUCUCGGAAACGCAUUUCUUCCUAUAACAUGGAAGGGCAAGGAGGAGUCAUAUCCAGGUCCCUUGAGCACUAACACGUCCUUUGACGAAUUUCUCAAGACCGGAGUUGAAACUGCGCUUUCUCGGCCCCAGAAUCACGCAGCCCUUGGAGACACUGAUACCUUGCAGCUACAAUUGUAUAAUGAUAUGUUCUUUGAGUAUCUUCAAAAGUCGUUUGUGCCUCCUCUCGCUGGCAAGGUUGAGCAGCUGGUCUCAUCUUCCCCUCUCUCGACUGCAGAGCACAUUCCGGUGCUACGAAUGCCGAUGCCUGGCCUUUUUCCAUCCCAGGACGACGCCGGUGCAUCGAGUCCGUUGCAACAGGUCUCGGCUCCGGUUGAAAGUCCUAUGUCCGAACUCCUACAGAUCUACAAGCGUCUCAAGAAAACCUUGCGCGUGAAUCAUAUCCAUUCGACAUUCAAUCAUCCUCCAGAAACCACCCACAAUAGCAAUGACGAUCUUGUCUACACUGACUCACUGUUCCAAAGUUUCGGUUUCAGUAUUGCCGCCGUCGAGAUCGCACAGCGGGGUAUCGAAUCAGAAGUGGGCUCAACAUUGCUUGAUAAAAUUCCGCAGCUAACAUUAACCCAUCUUCGUGUCCUGGCGGAAACAGCCCUAUCAUAUGCUGCCGUCGGGUGUCUGUACAACAGUACUGGCCGUCACAGCCGUGCCGCGGAUGAAUUCGAAGAGAUGCAUCGCCAGAAGAUAUGCCAGCUGUUUGCGGGUCAUCCUUGUUUGGAGGGUACAGCCUUGCUUGAGGGUGUUCGGGACAUUGAGCCCAUUUUUGCGAAAGACACCUUCGUUUUCUUGGCAGAAUGCUCUCUCUCCCUCCUACCUGUCUUGAAGAUCGACAUCCGCCAUCUCGUCCAACUGUGCUAUGUGGCUGAAAUUGUCAAGGUUGCUAUGGCCUUCAUUAUGAACCCCAGUGGGUUGAAGAAAGAACUUGCCGAACAUGGAGACGCCCACUACCUCCUUGAUGUCGAGCUAUCCGAUGAGCGGUACGGCUACACCAAACAUUUCUUCAACACCCUUGUCUCGGCACUCAGAAACAAUGUGUUCGGACAAGAAGGAGGUUUGGCAUUCCCGGUUGAGAGUGGCUACGUGAAGGACGGAGAGGACUCGGCAACACCGGGCGUCAUCAUCGCUCUCAGACGUCUCGUGUCGAGCUAUGCACUGGCAUUCCUUCGUAAAACCGUCAUCCUGCUACAUGUGCAGCAUGGCGUCGAUUUCCCAACCGCAGGCUUCAACGACAUGGUGGCUCCAGAGUUGGACCGGCUUACGAAACUCCUACAACUGCCCUCCGUUGACGAGAUCUUCGUAUCUCUCAACCCAGCAAAGCAUGUCACCCAGCUCGACGAGGUGGUUGCUGGCUGGAUCUCCCAUUGGAACAGUUCCCGCUCCGGCAUUCGGAUUGCCGACCACCAACUGUGGCCUAGCCUCUCCCACCCAUCAAUUUUCGAACUGAUUGGGUUGCCCAAAUACUUUGACAGCCUGAUAGAAGAGGCCAAUCGCAAGCGCUGCCCGAAUUCGAAGAAAGAGCUGAGCGACCCCAGCAUCUGUCUUUUCUGUGGAGAUAUCUUCUGCUCACAAGCUGUGUGCUGCAUGACCAACAACCGUGGCGGAUGCAACCAGCAUCUGCAGAAGUGUGGCAAGAACGUCGGCCUGUUCAUCAACAUCCGCAAGUGCAUGAUUCUCUAUCUCCACAACCAAAACGGCUCUUGGCACUUUGCCCCGUACCUCGAUCGUCAUGGUGAAGUUGACCCUGGCCUUCGACGAAACCGCCAGUUGAUCCUGAAUCAAAAGCGAUACGACCGAUUGCUUCGCGACGUCUGGCUGCAUCACAAUAUCCCGGCCACCAUCAGCCGGAAGUUAGAGGCAGACAUCAACAACGGGGGGUGGGAGACGAUUUAA